AUGGCGAGCGUCCAAAAUCGCGACCUGGAGAUCGAGAACCGCCCGAAGCGAAACUCCAGGAUGAUUGAGGAGUUCGAAAAGUCCGAUGAAGGGGGAAUGGUUGCGGGGGUAUUCGAGCAGCCUGUAUUCUUGAUGAGCGAUUCGUUAAAGACGGAACACGAUGCGUCAUCUGUCGGCAAGAAUGUCUUCAACCGGAAGCUCCUAUACAAGCUCGACAAGCACCUGAUGAUUGCCAUGUUUUUUCUCAACUUUCUAUCACUUAUGGGCCGGACGAACAUUGGAGCUGCUCUCAUUCGCAUGCUGCCCCAAGACCUGAAGCUGGAUGCAAUGAAGGUUUUUAUUGUUUUGACUAUGCCGGCGGCUCCUUUGAUUCUUUUCGAGGUACCCAGUAACCUGCUCAUGAGAUGGUUGGAUCGAAAAAUCAACUUCUCUUUCAUGUGGUAUUUGUGUCUACUAGAUGUUCUUCUUGGUUUGAUCACAAUCGCUCAGGGAUUUGUCCAGACAUACGAACAGAUUAUAGUCACCCGUUUCUUCGUGGGUGUCUUUGAUGCGGGCCUGAUUCCUGGCUGUGUUUUCAUCUGCUCUCUCUAUUAUCCACCAACACAUCUGCAAUGGAGACUUGGUUUGAUUACCGUGGCAAAUAUCUGUUCGAGUAUCGCCGGCAACUUUCUAGCAUAUGCGAUCGCGAAUAUCAAGACGACAAACAAUUUCAAUGGAUGGAGAUGGAUCUUUAUCAUCGAGGGCAGUUUUACUGCUGCGGCCGCUCUGCUCUGCGCCUUCGCCAACGUUGGCCCACCAUCAAAAGCCAAGUUUCUCUCAGAGGAAGAGAAACGUAUAAUCGAAAACUCGGUCGAGACUCGCACAUCACAGAUUGGUAUUUGGGCUGAAUGGAAGAUAUUCUUCCUGAACCCACUGAACUACUGUUGGGCCGCCCUAUACUGCUUCACAACCACCACAGCAUAUUCAGUAUCCAUUUUCUCUCCUUCUUUCGUCAGAUCUUUUCAUCCGGAACUCAGCGCUGCGGAUGUUCAAGCUCAAAUAGUCCCCAUAUUCGUGGUGGCUGCCGUUGCAUGUCUUGCUACAGCCUUUGCCGCCGAUCGCCUAAAUCACCGUGCAGGAUUCGGUCUGUUUGGCUUCAUCGUCACGAUUAUUGGCUAUGCUGUGCUAAGAAAGGCUCAGCGAGAGAGCUCGAACGUGACCAUGAUGGCCCUUUACUUUAUAGCAACCGGUACAUUUAUCACAUUACCCAUGAUCUGGAUCCUGACGAUGCAAAACCUACAAACACCGUUCCAGCGAGCCAUUGGUAGCGGAUUUGUUGUUGGAUUGGGUAACACUUCCAGCUACAUAUCAGCAUGGAUCUUCAAAACUAGCGAUGCCCCGUAUUAUCAGAGAGGCAUGACGGCAAGCAUGAUUCUUGUCAUUAUCGCAUUCUUCAUCCUGUCUGCCACCUGGAUGUACAUUAUUAUUCACAACAAAAGAUUGGAUAGAAGACAAAUUGCGGUUAUGUCGGUUGCGGCUGGAGGAAAAGCGCCCGCUGACCGGGGCUUCAGAUACAAAGUUUGA